AUGGAAGACGUUCCUGGAGUUAAAGAAGCCCUGCAGAAAAACAACAACGCUGCAGCAGCUGCAAAGAUUGAAGAAAAUUUAAAACAACAAAAUAAUAUCCCACUAAAUAUCGCCAUCACAGGAGAGUCUGGCUCUGGGAAAUCCACCUUUGUUAAUGCCUUCAGAGGACUAUGUGAUGAUGAGGAGGGAGCUGCUCCUACUGGUGUUGUGGAAACCACCUCAGAAGUCACAGAGUACCCCCAUCCAAACUAUCCCAAUGUUAAAUUAUGGGAUCUUCCUGGAAUCGGCACCACCAAGUUUCCAGCUAAGAAGUACCUGAAGCUUGUUGGAUUUGAGAAGUAUGACUUCUUCAUCAUCAUCUCAGCCACUCGCUUCACGGAAAAUGACGUGAAACUGACUCAGGAGAUUCAGAAGAUAAAGAAAAAGUUCUACUUUGUUCGCUCAAAAAUUGACAACGAUAUAAAUGCAGAGAGAAGAAAGAGAGACUUCAAUGAAGAGAAGACUCUCAAAGUAAUCAGAGACGACUGCGUUCACAGACUCAGAGAUUUAGGCGUCGAGUCUCCGCAGGUGUUCCUGGUGUCCAGCUUUGAGCUCCACCUGUACGACUUCUCUCUCUUACAUGAGACCUUAGACAGAGACCUUCCUGAACACAAAAGACAUGCUCUGCUGCGCGCCAUGCCCAACAUCAGCCUGGAGAUCAUCGACAAGAAGAAAAAAACUUUCAAGCGCCGAUUGUAUUGGUUGUCCGCUCUGUCUGCAGCUGUAGUUGCUGUUCCAGUUCCUGGUCUUUCUAUUGCUGUUGACAUAGCGGUGCUAGUUAAAUCCAGAAUUGAAUUCAAAAUCCUGCUCCUCACAUACAAGCACAGGAACCACCUGAGGAUUCAGCCUGAAGACCCUCUGCAGUGA